AUGGACGCAUGAUUUUGAUGCCAAAAUUUGGGAAAAAGAUCUCAGACAUAUUAUCAUCUACGUGGGUCACACUUGAUUGUAACCCAACCAGUCCCAAAACUCUUUACGCUCCUUAUACCAGUCCUAAACUGAAAAUUACUGUUGUCACCCGCCACAGCACCUCUCAGUCAGUAUACAAUUACAGAUAAAAAGCUUCUUCUUCCCAUCAAUGGCUCUCUUCACAUCAAUCUCCUCGAUUCCACUCUCUGUAUCAUCACCAAUCCACCACCGUUUCACUGGUAGCCGGCGAUCUUUACGCCCCUUUGCUUCUUCUCUAAGUCCGUCAGAAUCAUCAUCAUCACCACCUUCAAAAUCUUCACCAGCAACAACAACAACUCCUUCAAGCAAUGAAAAUGCUUUAAGCUCUAGAACCCCAUCAAGCUUCAACUAUACGCUUGCGAACCCAAGUGGGGAUCCGGUUGUUCGAUUUGUCAGGUCCACUGAGACCAACAUUGAAAGGGUAAUCUUUGACUUUCGCUUCUUAGCACUUCUGGCUGUUGGAGGUUCACUGGCAGGUUCAGUGCUGUGCUUUCUAAAUGGUUGUAUUUAUAUUGUUGAUGCAUACAAAGUUUAUUGGACAAACUGUGUCAAAGGGAUUCACACUGGUCAGAUGGUUCUACGAUUGGUCGAGGCUAUUGAUGUUUAUCUUGCGGGGACUGUCAUGUUAAUUUUUGGUAUGGGCUUAUACGGAUUAUUUAUUAGUAAUGUGCCUCCUGAUGAAGCUCCCAAUGUUGAUCGUGCACUCAAAGGCUCUUCCUUGUUUGGAAUGUUCUCUUUGAAGGAGAGACCAAAAUGGAUGAAAAUUAGCUCACUUGAUGAACUAAAGACGAAAGUAGGGCAUGUCAUUGUCAUGAUUCUUCUGGUGAAGAUGUUUGAAAGAAGCAAGCUGGUGGCAAUAUCCACUGGCAUGGAUCUACUAAGUUAUUCUUUCUGUAUUCUGUUAUCUUCUGCUUCCUUGUACAUCCUUCAUCAUCUACACAAGGAAGAAUAAAAAGAUGUUAACUCUGUAAUGCAAUCUACUAUGCUCAGAAUCAUCUGUACGACAGAUAUUUCUUAAUUAUUUUUCAUGUCAAAA